CGGAGGAGGCGGAGCCGGGCGGGCCGGUGUGCGGGCAGGUGAGCGGGCAGCCCGGCCCAGCCCCGGCUCCUGCCCGCGGCGCCGCGAUGCUCUGAGCCGGCCGCAGCACGGAGGAGAUGGAGCCGCUGGAGGCGAACAGCAGCUGCAGCAACGGGUCCCUGCUCACCCUUUCGUGCCUUUCCCACCGAGUUGUGUGCCAAGUGAUCAGCAGUGCUGACCCUGUCUGGGACAAUGGGACUUCAAAUAACUCCUGGGUAACUCGGCUGGAAACCAGUUAUGGAUUCUACAUUGGCCUGGGUUUGGCUGUCUUCUCCAGCUUCCUCAUCGGAAGCAGCGUCAUCCUCAAAAAGAAGGGGCUGCUACGGCUGGUGGAGAAGGGAGGCACCAGGGCAGGAGACGGAGGCCAUGGCUACCUAAAGGACUGGCUCUGGUGGGCUGGCUUGCUAACAAUGGGUGGAGGGGAAGCUGCCAACUUUGCUGCCUAUGCCUUCGCUCCUGCAACGAUUGUUACGCCUCUGGGGGCUCUGAGCGUUCUCAUAAGUGCCAUCCUGUCUUCAUAUUUGCUUGGAGAACGGCUCAACCUGUUGGGAAAGCUGGGCUGCAUGCUGAGCCUUGUGGGCAGCACCGUGAUGGUGAUACAUGCCCCAGAGGAUGAGGAGGUCACCACUCUGGAUGAAAUGUCCUCUAAGCUGAAAGAACCAGGUUUCCUUGCUUAUGCUGCGAUCCUCUUGGCUGUCUGUUUCCUCCUGAUCUUCUACUUCGCACCCCGCUAUGGCCAGAGCAACAUCCUCAUCUACCUCACCAUCUGCUCUGUUAUUGGUGCCUUCUCCGUGUCCUCAGUCAAGGGCCUGGGUAUUGCCAUCAAGGGCUUCUUUGCUGGCCAGCCUGUGCUGCAGCACCCAUUGACAUGGAUCCUAGUCGUCACACUGGUGGCAUCCAUCACUACACAAAUUAACUACCUCAAUAAGUCUCUAGACAUUUUCAACACAUCUUUGGUGUUUCCCAUCUACUAUGUGCUGUUCACCACCAUCGUCAUCACAACUUCUGUCAUCCUCUUUAAGGAGUGGGUCACCAUGACUGUAGUUGACAUCAUUGGAACAGUUUGUGGCUUCCUCACCAUCAUUUUGGGAGUGUUUUUACUCCAUGCCUUCAAAGACAUGGAUGUCAGUUUAGGGAAUCUACCACAGGUCCUCCAGAGUGGACAGCAAGCACCAGUCACCCGAGAUGACAAGAACAUCCUAAUAGAGGUGGACAACUCCAGCAUCGCCCCAGAGGAUAAACCCAAAGCACUUGCAUGAACUCCAAAAUACACACCAGUAUCUCCAAUACAGUAGGGAUGUUACCUGGACUCUUGGACAUGGCACACCUUCCAAACCUGCUUGGAUUUCUGUCAGUGGUGACAAUGAAGAGAUGGGAGAAAUAUCAUUUUGAGCUGGAAGGUGAAAAAGGAAGGUAUUGCUGCAGUUAAAAGUUUUUCCCGUCCUGCUGCACAGGGAGGCCGGAGCCCAUUUGCUCACAGCAAAUCCCAAACAGGAAGCAGCAAAGCCGGAGCCAGCUGUGCCAGACUGGCUCAAUCCAGAGGCAGCUCUGGCUGGUUUAGCCCUGGACCACUGAUGCUGUCUGAAAUGCUGACCUGAUUAUACCUGGGCCUGAGCAUCACUGGGUGAAUGCAGCAUGGGGCUGAGGGGGUGGGAAUAUGCAAUCUCUUGUUGUAAUAACAUUUCAAUACUAUUUUUUUGGAAUGUGGAAAACGAAAUAAAGGCUUUUUCUA